GGUGGGGUCAGCACCCAGAAGCCAGCCCCCUCUGACAGCUUCCUCUUUGGCCAAGCCCUGCCUCUGUGCAGCCGUGAGUGGGCAGCCGAAGGCUGCAGCUGCAUCCCAGAGCCCGAAAUGGAUCCCCAGCUGACCCUGCUGCUGUGGGUCUCAGCCCUGAGCUCUUCUUUCUCCUUGCCAGCUUCUCUCCAUCCUUCUCUGGUGCCCCAAGUCAGAACCAGCUACAAUUUUGGAAGGACUUUCCUCGGUCUUGAUAAAUGCAAUGCCUGCAUUGGGACAUCUAUUUGCAAGAAGUUCUUUAAAGAAGAAAUAAGGUUUGACAAGUGGCUGGCUCCCCACCUUGGACUGCCUCCUGACUACUUGCCUUCAUACCCUGCAAAUUACUCAGAUGAUUCCAAAACCUGGCGCCCUGUGGAAAUCUUUAGGCUGCUCAGCAAAUACCAAAAUGAGAUCUCAGACAGGAGAAUCUGUGCCUCUGUGUCAGCCCCAAAGACCUGCAGCAUUGAAUAUGUCCUGCGGAAAACAGGGAGGUUCCAGAAAUGGCUGCAGGCCAAGCGCCUCACACCAGACCUGGUGCAGGGCCUGCCCAGCCCACUCCUGCGCUGCCCGUCACAGCGACUCCUGGAUCGCGUGGUCCGGCGCUACGCCGAAGUGGCCGAUUCUGGCAGCAUCUUCAUGGCCCACUUCACCGACCGCGACAAGCUGCGUCUGCUCUACACGCUGGCUGUCAACGCGCACCCCAUCCUUCUCCAGAUCUUCCCUGGGGCUGAGGGAUGGCCACUGCCCAAGUACUUGGGCUCCUGUGGCAGAUUCCUCGUCAGCACCAGCACCAGACCGCUGCAGGAAUUCUACAGCGCACCCCCAGACCAGGCAGCCGACCUCGCCUACCAGCUCCUUGGUGUCCUGGAGUCUCUGAGGAGCAACGAUUUGAACUAUUUCUUCUAUUUCACCCAUAUUGAGGCAGACAUGUUUGGCAUCUUUAACAACGGGCAUCUGUUCAUCCGGGAUGCCAGCACACUGGGUGUCAUCGACAAGCAGGAAGGCAGCCAAGCAGCCACCAGGGCAGGAGAGAAUAAAGACAUUUUUAGCUGCCUGGUUUCUGGCUGCCAGGCCCAGCUACCCUCCUGUGACACCAUCCCUGAGAAGCAGAGCCUGGUACUGGUGUGUCAGCAGUUGCUGCCUCGACUUCUCCAGAAGAGGUUCCCCUCCCCGGUGCAAGAGGAGAUAGACAACGCUCUCGAUGAGUGUGGGGACAGUGCCCACCCAGACUCAGAAGUCCUCGGGGCCGCCAGCCGGCUCAAGGACAUCCUGAGACCCCUGAGGACCUGUGACCCCAGAUUUGCCUACCGCUACCCAGACUGCAAGUAUAAUGAUAAGUUCUGAGGGGCCAGAGCCUAGCUGGCCUCAGGGGACAACACGCUUGGCCCUCCAUUCCCCUGGUUGGGUUGCUGCAAGGUUGAAAGCAGCAGCUUUAAACAUUAGGAGAAAUGCACAUUCAUUUCCCAGGACUAAGGAACACUCAUGCUACCAGAGGGGGGUCGUGUGAUACAGUGUGAUUGCUGCCCCCCAUCCCCUGCUGGCUGGGAUGUCCUGGCAGAGUCCAGGGGUGGGCAUCAAAAGACCAGAGUGUGGAUACUCACUUGAUGUCUUUGAGCCUCAGUUUACUCUAUUCUGCACCAGAUCUUUCGAGUGUGAAAGAAGACAGAGCUGUGAGGGCCCUGGGACACAUGCUCAGCACCUCUAGCCCAGGUGGUUACAAAGUGUGCUGUUCUAGAAGCUCACACAAACAGGGCAAAUGAGAAAGCCACGCAGGUCAGGAUGCUGAUGAGGAGGGGGCGCUCCCAGCCACUAGCACUUCAGACUCAGGCAAGAGGCCUCCUUCCUGCUUCCUGUGUGCCAGGGGGUGAGGAGACACAUGCCCACCAGGGACAUGCCUGCCACAGCCCGCUUCUGGGCCAUGCACUGGGUGCCUGGGGCUCCUCCACACACAGUGUGCGUGGGGCACCUGGUGGCGUGGGAAGGAGCCCGGGUGAGAAGAGCAGGAGCUGGGAGGACCAUCAUGUCAGGCUACAAGGCUGAGCCCCAGUGAAGGAGAGAAGGCCAGGUGGAAGCUCGCUAGGCAGCUGUCCUCGAAAUUGAAGAAAGGUUCAACAAGGCUGUCAGGGUGUCCUUGAGGCAAAAGCAGCCAUCAGAGGAGCCCUGUGCCUCCCACAAAUGGACCCCCUUAGCAUCCCCACUGCACUUAGUCAUUGGCAGGCAUGGCCUGUGGAAAGCGUGACUUUGGCCCCACCGCAAAGAUGGGUUUCAGAGCACAGCAGCUGGGGCCCUAGUCAGCCCCUCUCCCUAGAGCAGGAGGUCAGUGCCGGGAGAACAUUCUUGUUGUAGCCACAGCUGGGCACCAGGGCCAGCUCUCUCCACACUUGAGACUCUAAGGAGUCCAAGAAUUUUCAUUCACACUGGGCCUUACAAGUCAUUACAUAAAUAUUUUUUUUAAGGUCAGCCAAUAGAACAUACCUUGCUCAAUAUUUUUUUAGUUUGUUUUAUACUUUUUAAAUAUUUAGCCACACAGUACGUGGGCUUCCAUGUUCACUCUUGCCCUGGCCCCUGAAACAUUAGUGGAGCCUCUUCUGGGCCUAUGCCCAGCCUCUUUGCCAGUCCUCUACCCCCAGAGACCUUUCAGUCUACCUCCUCUUUUCUACCUCUGAGUCAGAACACUUGGCUGAAUAGGCCUUGCUAUGCAGAUAGGGAAACUGAGGCCCAGGGAGGAGGAGUUAUUUCCUGGGAUAGUUCCAGAACUCCCAUUACCAGUCCAUGCUCCUCUUGCCUUCCCCUUCAGUCUCUGCCUCUCACCCUAUACUACCCAAUUGUGGUCUCUUCACUCACAAUUAAAAAUGGACCCCUAAAAGCCUUAUUUUGUGGUGUACCAGGUUGCCUUUUGGGUUUGCCUUUUGACUGCUGCAGGUACUACCCCGGGGCAAACGUGACAGUGAGGAUGAUGACAGGCCAACCUUGUGGAAGAGCAGCCUUGGGCUGCCUGAGAAUUUUUGAAAUGACUGCCUUGUAGCUUGGUGUGCAGGGUAAAGACUGACCACCCUUCCUACCUACACAGUCAUGGUCCCUCCCUUGCUGGCCUGACCACAGUGUGGCCUUCUGACAAGAACCCAGGAAAGAGGCUGCAGCCACCAGAUCCUCCAGAGUUUCACAGAUGAGGAAGAAUUUCCGCAGAGAUCCUCUGAAGCGUGAGCCCGGCCCCAGUGUUUUCCCACUGCGAAAUGCUUCCACAUGAUGAGCGGCUUCCAGUGAGGGCCCCAGGGUGUCCAGAGUGGGCCAUUUCGUGGCCUGAGGUAACCCCCAAACCCCUCCACCACAUGUCUGCUCACAUGCACAGGUGUGGGGCAAGCACUUACCCCUUAUCUCCUACAGACCAAUCGCCUGAGACUCUAAGGAAUUUUCCUUCAAAACCAUUAUGUAACUCCUGGAGUUGCUGAAACCAGGCAGGAAAUGCAACCGCGGUCCCCUCCUAAAUCAGCAGAAAGAGAUCUUGUGCCCUAAGUCACUUGAGUGCCCCCUGAAGGGGGCUGUUGGGAGAUUUGUUUUUAGUACAAAUUAUAAGAAGACUAUGUGUAUGUGCAGCUGUGUUCACAUCUGCAUUGUAGGCCUAGAGCUAAAGAAGGCAGGGUGGAUGUUAGCAGGGCCUACAUAUGCUUAGGAAUGAACUAGAAAUAGUUCCCCAGCUAGUGGCUUUUCCAGGUUUAGGAGGUCACAAAGACUUUUUUCUCAUACACUUUCAUGACAGAGCAGAUGUGUUGUUCUUAUCAAUGUGCCUGAAGACCAUGGGCCCCAUUCAGGUUCUGCCUUCAGGAAACAUCUGCUCCCUCCCCCCAGCCAUUUGCUGAUGCUCUGUCCCCCUCCAUCCCUAUGGUGGGCACAGAGCCGAGUUGCCCAAAUCUCCCUUCAAAGAACAACUCUCCCCAUCGCAGGAGUGUAGUUGGCAGGCAGCCUCAACUGUCAGCCCCUUCAGGCUCUGACUCAGUCACACAGAGUGGCUUUACUUGAGGUCACACCUUUCCUAGAGUAUAUCUAUAUCCAGUGACUAGGCAUGGGAGGUGUGAAGGCCCAGCCAUUUUGGCCUACUGAGCGACAACUCUGACAGGCAAUUCUCCUUCCAGAAUUCUCCACCAAGCUGGUCAAGAUCUGGUUGGGCCUGCAUCACAGUCUAACUUCCCUCUGCCUAUCCUGCUUCCUCUGCAUUCUUUCUACAGAAGUUGAUCUCUAUUAAACAUUUUGCACCCUGUAGUGGGCUGAAUGGUGGGCCCCAGAAAGAUAUGUCCAUGUCCCAAUCCCCAGAACUAUUUCCUUAAAUAUGAUUAUUUCCUUAAAUGGAAAAAGAUGUUAUUAGGGAUAUUGAGAGGAGGGGAUCAUCCUGGAUUAUCCAGGUGGGCCCUAAAUGCCAUUACAUGUAUCCUUAUAAGAGAGAGGCAGAGGGAGUUUUAAGAUAGAAGAAGAGCAGAUGAUGUGAAGACAGAAGAAGAGAUUUAGGUGAUGUGGCCACAAGCCAAGGAACUCCAGCAGCCAUGAGAAGCUGUAAAAGGCAAGAAAUGGAUUCUCCUGCAGAACCUCCAAAGGGAGUGAGGCCCUGCCCAAACCUUGACUUCAGCCCAGUGAAACGGACUUCAGAUUUCUGGCCUCCAGAACUGUGAGAGAAUAAAUGUCUUUUUUUUUUGAGCCACCCAUUUUGUAGUAACUUGUUAUAGCACCUAUAGGAAACUAAUACACUCCCCAAAGUCCACCAUAGUAUCUGCUUCCAGAGAACUCCACUUGCAACACUCUCCAACUCCCAUCUAUUGUGAUCAAUUCAAAAGCAUGACCCAACAUGAGGGUGUGUGUGAUGUGUCCAUAUCUAGGGCUGAGGGUUUCAUUUCUCCACUUAGAAAGUUCCAUGCCUGGCUGGGCAUGGUGGCUCACGCCUGUAAUCCUAGCACUCUGGGGAGGCUGAGGUGGGA